GAAUAGACAGUCAUUUUAUUUCUAAAUUUUCCAAUUAUUGCUCAAAAUGUAAUUGUAAGGAUAUUUUAUUUCAAGAAACUUCUUAAAAUGAACAAAAAAUAUAAUAUAGUUGACACUGAACAAACAAAACUUACCCAAGUUACACUUUUUUAAUACUUCCCGAACUUUACAGUGUAAUCCUCCUGUUUUGUUUUUUUUCUAUUACAAUUUGGAUUUGAAUAAAGUAACUUUUUUCCCCUACAAGUUCCCUACAGAUUUUUAAUAAAACCAAAAUACAAUUUUGCAAAUACUUGCAGUAGCAGGUAACUGAAAAAAUUGUUUCCUACAUUUUUAAUUCUCUAUCCCCCCCACACAAGGUAUAUGUUGAAUAGUGACCAGAGGAGGCUUUUUGAGAGGCUGUCGAUCUAUUGUGACCGCUAUGCUGAACUCAUCCCUGUAUCAUUUGUUCUAGGUUUCUAUGUGACCUUGGUUGUGUCACGUUGGUGGGGUCAGUUUGAGAACAUACCCUGGCCAGACCGUUUGGCGGCAUUAGUGGGAGGCCAUGUUCGUGGAUCUGAUGAAGCCUCCAGGCUGACCAGGAGAGCUCUGAUGCGCUACGUAAACCUCUCUGGUGUGCUCAUCUACCGCUCCGUGAGCACAGCCGUCUACAAGAGGUUUCCUACCAUGGAGCACCUGGUGCAGGCUGGUUUGAUGACUUCAGAAGAGCUGAGGCACUUGGAGGAACUGCCGUCUCCACACAACAAGUUCUGGGUGCCCUGUAUGUGGUUUGUCAACCUGGCUUUGAGAGCACGCACUGAAGGUCGCAUCAACAAUGACGUGGCACUCACAGCUAUACUGACUGAGUUAAACAGUUUGCGGGCAAAAUGCAUGAAGCUGUAUGGUUAUGACUGGAUCAGCCUGCCUCUCGUCUACACUCAGGUGGCAACAGUAGCAGUCUACAGCUUCUUCUUGGCUUGUCUGAUUGGUCGUCAGUUCUUGGACCCAACUCAGGGUUACCCUGGUCACGAUGUGGACUUCUACCUGCCUGUUUUUACCCUGCUGCAGUUCUUUUUCUAUGUUGGUUGGCUGAAGGUAGCAGAACAGCUGAUAAAUCCUUUUGGCGAAGACGACGAUGACUUUGAAACCAAUUGGCUUGUCGAUCGCAAUUUGCAGGUAUCUUUGUUGUCAGUGGAUGAGAUGUAUGACAGCCUGCCACUGGUUGAAAAGGAUGUGUACUGGAAUGACUCUGAGCCACAGCCUCCCUACACCACAGCCAGUGCUGAACACCGCAAACCCUCCUUUAUGGGCUCAGCUCUGGACAUAAGUGUUCCUAAAGAGGAGAUGGAGUUUCAGUCAAACCUGGAACAGAUUAAAGAAAAUGAGGAGGCCAACUACUCCACCCCGCUUCUUGGAGGGCUUGGCCGUCUCCUUGGGGUCCAGUCCCCCAACUUUCCUCGCUCUUCCCGAGUCUCUCUGCUGCGCCGCCGCCCUGGAGCUCCGUUAAGCCGCUUUCCUCUUUACCUGCACCCAGAAGCACCCUCAACUCCAAGUCAGGCCCGGCAGCCUUUGAACCAGGUGCGAGAUCCAGAGAGCGCCUUCUCCGCCUUGCCUUUGUAUGACAGACCGGGGUUUUACAGCUGUCCACAAACACCAAUCCACUGUGUGCCACCACCACUGUCCCGACCCCGACCUGCAAGGAGAACUCAAAAUGAAUGGGAUAACAGUUGUGGCUCCAUGUCCCCUCCCAUGGUUAGCUCACAGCCACUGCCUCCUGACACCCCCAACCAUCUCCCACCACCUCCGUCCUCUGCGUUCCCAUGGUUAAGUGAGGAUGGGGAGAUGCAAAGCACCCCAGCCUUCUCCUUUCCUGACCCACUACCUCAACUGUGUCCAAUAUCUAAACUUCGACCUGGGGGACACGGCCUGCUGUCUCGCCGGCCUCUCCUUCCCCGCCUCACUUUGGAUACCCUCACUUCAGUUGACAGUCAGCCUGGACCUCCAAGUGCUCGGGGGGCAGGAAGUGGGGAAAAGGUGUUUUCGUUUACUCCCCCCUCUCACGCAGUGGCACCAAAUCCUGCUAAUCCGAGCAGUAGCAGCUCCGGCAGCAUUAAUGCAAUAAGCACAAACAACUUUGGCACAACGGGAAGUCUCUGCAUCGGAACGAGCCAAAGUAAUUUUAGUAACCACGGGAACUUUGGCUCCAACAGCAGAGUUAGCAAUGGGAGCACCAGCACAAUGAAUAAAAACACAAUCACAAUACCCACAUCAGGUCCAUCACAGCAGGAAACAAAUCCACAAAACUCUCCCAAUGAUUCAGGAAUCUCAUUGGCUGAAGGGGAUCUGCUCGGUGUUCUUGUGGAUGGGGGCAUCAAAAAGACUGCGGGGGGAAAGGAGGAGGACUGACAGAGGAGGACUGACUUCUGAAACUGCAAAUGAAAAGUGGACAUCAGUAUCAUUAUGUCAUCCUAGUUAGAGAAAAAAGUACGUUUUGAUAUGUUGUAUAAUCAAUGGGGUGCUCAAGCUGAGGUUAAUGUGUGUUGUUUUGAACCAACCUGCAGGAAAAAUGUCUAUCUAAGGACAAAUCUGUGCCUGAAUAUGUACUCCUCUAUAAAAUACCCCCAUAAUCAUCAGAAAAAUACAGCAAAUCAUGAGAUCAUUGUCAUAUAAAUUUAGAAACUGUUUUACAUGAGAAGUUACCUUUUUUAUGAGUGUGUUGAAGUUUUUCCCAAGUGGCGGUCAGUGGGAUUGCAACGUGGGCCCCCAUUGUGUGGGUUUAAUGUCCAAACAAUAAAACUAUUGCUUGGAUUUCACCCUAGAACAUGGCUGUCAAACUCCAACACCUGAUCCAGGUAACUAGCAACAGAGAGGGCUGGGUUUUUGUAAAAAAGCGGGAUGUUAACCCUGGAGGCCUGAAAUUUGACACCCCUGGCCUGUUGUGCACCCCUAAAUCUGAAAAUUUGUGCAUUUGUGGACAGGAAAAAGGAAAAAAAAAAAGAUUUUGUUUUCGAUGCAAGACUGAAUGGCCUCUAAAUAGCUUUCUCAGUGAUAAUCACAUCAGGCAAUUCAAAACUGGCAAAGUGCCAUAGUUAUUGUCUCAACUUUGGGGGAACAUUUUCAAACUGGCUUCUGGAAUUCCAGAAAAUCGGGGUCACAUAGUUACCAUAGAAAGAUAAAUAUUAGUCUUUUGAUAAGAUUCUCUAUUUUAUUGGGUCCUGAAUCAGGGACAAAUGGAUUUCAAUGACUUUUUUUAGCAUCCUACAGCUAGCUCUAUGGCAAUAUGCCAAUGGCAGUCAGGGCAGCAGCUUCUUCGGAUGAAGAAGCAGGGUUGUUAACGCCCUAUUUUUCCUUUAAAAUGUUUAUUUAAAAAGUUAUUUUGGCAUGUCUUCAUGAACAAGCGUUUAAAAUCCUGAGCAAGGAUACUCACUAACAUUUUAUUUAUGUUAAACAUAAAUUUUAAAAGAGGCAUAGUGAAAAACUAAAAUAAGAGUCUUGUGUUUUUUUUAAACUAAGUUAUUAUAAUGUUACUUUGAUGAUCUAUAUUU